AUGGUAAAAGACAAAAACACCGUCAUCGAAGAAUUCAACGACCUGGUCAACAUGACCCCCGCUGAACUCCGCGCCUGGCUCAAGGAAGAACAAUCCCAGUCCUCAGGCUGGAGGGGCGCGUCCGCGUCCGGCGAGACGGUCGGUCACGAGAGCGGCCGCAGAAUCGUGGAUAUCCUCGAACAUAACCCGUCGAGAGACCCGUCUGGGUACUCGGACGAGGAUCUAGAGCAUAUGCGCAGGGUGGUCUCGUACUGUAAGCGGCAUCUGGCGCAGGAGGAGCAGGCGAAGAGGGAUACAGGUAGUAAGAGUUACAGGUCGUUGAAGAAUUGGGGGCAUGAUGCGUUGAAGGAGUGA